ACUUUCGAGACGAGCAUAAUAGAUGGCAGAGAUGAAUGCGGAUGAGACAAAGCUGGAUGGAAUGCCACAGGGUGCCAAGGAGGAGGAGGAAGGAGCAGCAUUAGUGGGUCCUGAAGAUGGUGAUCCCGACACCAGAAUAGUGGCUCCUCCACCGCCCAGACAAAGAACCCUAACACGAACGGCCGAACUGGAUGCGGAUGGCGAGGACAUCGACUUGGAUGCCGAUGUGGAUGAUGCGGCGGACAGCAUCACCUUGGAGUUGGCCUUAUCGCCACACAGCAGCUCCACGCCCACCCCCUCGCCCACCACCGCCGACGAGGACUUCGCCCAGCUGGACAACAGCAAGCCCUUCAAGAUCAAGGACAUCACGAGGAACAUCCGCAAGGCUGUUGUGGCCACCACGCUGUCGGAGUUGCGGGUGAAGGUGUCGGUGAAAUUUGAGCGGGCUCAGCCGGCGAUUCACCUGGAUUGCGAUGGCACCGAGGUCGACGAUGAGGAGUACUUCAGCACUCUGGAGCCGAAUGCCGAAUUGAUUGCCGUCUUUCCCGGCGAGCAGUGGCGCGAUCCCAGCGACUAUAAUGCCAAUCUGCGUCGCACAUCGCUGGAUGCUCAGCGAUUGAGGCAGCUGGUGAGCAAACUGCAGCCGAACUAUAUGAACGAUGAUGAUUUGGACAAGCUGUCGAACAUGGAUCCCAAUUCAUUGGUGGAUAUCACCGGACGGGAGCCCAAGGACAGCGAGUACUCGGCGAGAAGCGAUGCCGCCAGGAUAUCCACGGAGUUGUCCUGCUAAAGGGAGUCAUUGCCCCCAAACGAAAGAACUGUGUGUAUUGAGAUGUAUAUAGGGAAUUUGUACGAGUUUAUAUGGCUAGCCGGAGUAUUUUUGGAAAACGUUUUGAUGACGGCACUUGAAGCGACCGAUUUGGAUGAUGGUUGUACCAUGUGGGGUUUUAUCUCUAUAACCGUAGAUCCUGAGAGUUGUGUAUUUUUCGAGCCCACAUUGUCGUAGAGCAACUCACCUUGAAUGUCUAUUAUCAGCCGCUAGUUGUUCCUAUACCAAUAGCCAAUGUAUGAGCCAAAUCCUGAAGAGGGCCUCAAAGGCCUAUCUGCAGUCUUAGAUAACCUUAUCCUCACCUCAGUCAGCGGACGAUCAACGAAUUGCAGCAUAGAUCUGAUCUAGGCAAAUAGAUAUAUUAUAUAUUUUCCAUAGCAGUAUCCUUGUGAAUGUCACACGAAAACAACUUUGGGUUAUUAGGGAGCAACAAAAAUGUACUGUAAUUGAAUCUCAAUUAAAUCAAUUAGCAAUUGAAUAAAUGUUCACUUUAGGCACACGAAAAGGGUUUUUAACUUUUCUUGUAUUUGCGCUGCAUCAAUGAACAAGCACAAUUUGCUGCACUAUUCAAAGAGGUAAUCGAAACCUGAAUUUUAUUCAAUUUAAAUUUACGUUGUGUCCACAGGAAUCAAUUGAAAAUUGUAAUGUGUAAUU